UGUUGGUGACAUUGGGUGGACUAGCAAGGACUGUAAGCUACAGCCCACGUCUCCGCCUUCGCAGUCUGGCUGCUACAGGAUUCAUCUCCGCCAGUGGAAAGCAGUUACCGUCAUGGACGAAGCGGAGGACGGCGACGAGGACCACAAUUUCCAACAGCAGGGCGCGGGACAGGUUAGGGGAGUCGACAGCGGAGGCUCCCGUGACUGUUCCAAGAUGAAGAACGUAACACCAGGAGGGGGAGCAGCAGUGUGCAAGAACUCCAACAACAAUGAUCUCCCUCUCUCACACGACAAGGAAUCCGCGCCUGUCUCGUGUGGAGGCGCCCCAGUAGCAGCUCCGCUUUGCCAAGGAGAUGCCCAGGGCUUUGGCGACUCAAUUAGCAGGGGCAGGGGAGAUAGGACCGCGGGUACAAGCUUGAGGACCUCGGCGGCUGGGGUGGAAGGUGAGGAUGACAUCGGCAUGAAAUGUGCAGUAAACGGAGAUUGCAGGAGAGACACGGCGAUGAGCUUGCCUUCAACUCUGUCUAAACAGGAGAAGCAGACAGGUGGGAUGCUCGCACCUGACGACGAAAAAAAAACAACUACACGUCACUCCACAGCCGCCAGCAUGGACGGAUCGAUUACUUCAGUCGGCUCCUCGGUCCGUGGACAAGGGGCCGAGACCGCGAGCAUAGGAGCUACAACUGCCGGGGUCACCGCCGCCUCGGAGAAAAAGGACUCUCGAGUUUCCUUUUCAAAUGCCCCGAGCAGAAAGCCGUCCGGGCCUGAGCAGAGCAGCGCGUGCAACCCAAACCAGCAGCCUGUCACGAUUACCAAAUCUGAAGAUGGCCAGAUCGUGGGGGAUGACGGGGAACCCAGAGACAGUCAAACUUAUAUGCAGAAGCAGUUUAGUUCGAUGCUUCAGCCGGGAGUUAAUAAAUUCUCCCUGCGCAUGUUCGGGAGUCAAAAAGCGGUGGAAAAGGAGCAAGAGCGCGUGAAGUCGGCAGGCAACUGGAUUAUCCACCCUUAUAGUGACUUCAGGUUCUACUGGGACUUUACAAUGCUGAUGUUCAUGGUGGGUAACUUGAUUAUCAUUCCUGUGGGCAUCACGUUCUUCAAAGACGAGACCACACCAGCUUGGAUCAUCUUCAACGUGGUGUCAGAUACCUUUUUCCUCAUGGACCUGGUGCUCAACUUUCGCACAGGCAUCGUCUUCGAGGACAACACCGAGAUCAUUCUCGACCCCAAAAAGAUCAAGAAGAAGUACUUGCGGACUUGGUUUGUAGUGGACUUCAUCUCGUCUAUACCAGUGGAUUAUAUUUUUCUCAUCGUGGAGAAGGGGAUGGACUCCGAGGUUUACAAGACGGCCAGGGCGCUGCGCAUCGUGCGCUUCACCAAAAUCCUCAGCCUUUUGCGACUUCUGAGACUUUCCAGACUCAUUCGUUACAUCCAUCAGUGGGAGGAGAUCUUCCACAUGACCUAUGACCUGGCGAGUGCCGUGAUGCGGAUCUUCAAUCUGAUUGGCAUGAUGCUGCUGUUGUGUCACUGGGACGGCUGCCUGCAGUUCCUGGUGCCCAUGCUGCAGGACUUCCCCUCGGAUUGCUGGGUCUCCCUCAACAGGAUGGUGAACGACUCAUGGAGUGAGCUGUACUCCUUCGCCCUCUUCAAGGCCAUGAGCCACAUGCUGUGCAUCGGCUACGGGCGGCAGGCGCCGGAGAGCAUGUCCGAUAUCUGGCUCACCAUGCUCAGCAUGAUCGUGGGGGCCACCUGCUACGCCAUGUUCAUCGGCCACGCCACCGCGCUCAUCCAGUCGCUGGACUCCUCCCGUCGCCAGUACCAGGAGAAGUACAAGCAAGUGGAGCAGUACAUGUCCUUCCACAAACUUCCAGCCGACUUCAGACAAAAGAUCCAUGAUUACUACGAGCACAGGUACCAGGGCAAGAUGUUUGACGAAGAGAGUAUUUUGGAAGAGCUAAAUGAACCACUGAGAGAGGAGAUCGUCAACUUCAACUGCCGUAAGCUGGUAGCCUCCAUGCCACUAUUCGCAAAUGCUGACCCGAACUUUGUGACAGCCAUGUUGACAAAGCUCCGAUUUGAGGUCUUCCAGCCAGGGGAUUACAUUAUUCGGGAAGGAACUAUUGGCAAGAAGAUGUACUUCAUUCAGCAUGGAGUUGUGAGUGUUCUUACCAAAGGCAACAUUGGCAUGAAGCUAUCUGAUGGAUCCUACUUUGGAGAGAUUUGCCUCCUGACGCGCGGGAGACGCACCGCUAGCGUGCGAGCAGACACCUACUGUCGCCUCUACUCGCUGUCGGUGGACAACUUCAACGAGGUGCUGGAGGAGUACCCCAUGAUGAGGAGGGCCUUCGAGACAGUUGCUAUCGACAGACUAGACAGGAUCGGCAAAAAGAACUCCAUUCUGAUGCACAAAGUCCAACAUGACCUAAACUCUGGAGUGUUCAACAACCGUGAGAAUGAGUUGAUCCAGGAGAUCGUGAAGUACGACCGGGAGAUGGUGAAGCUGGUGGACCUCCAAAGGCCCCAGGCCAUGUCCAUGACUCCCUCCGUCCACGGGACCAUGGUCCCAGCGUCCUGCCAGCCACCGACCAGCUCGGCCAUUGCCAGUCUCCAGCAGGCUGUGGCCAUGAGCUUCUGUCCCCAGAUGGCGAAUCCUCUGACGGUCCAUGGAGGUCUCCAGUCUCCCCAGAUGGUGCGCCGCUUUCAGGUGGUGCAGAACGUGUCAAGUCCUGGCACGCAGCAGAUUCCUCCAGGCUCCCAGUUCUCCACGGCGGCUCUGGCCUCGGCUCUCGCCGGCACGCCCAUGCAGAGCCCCUUGGCCGCCGGCAGCCGGACAUUCCAGUACAACUCCAGCUCCUUGGGGGCGCCCUCGGGAUCCCAGCUCUCCCUGGUGCAGCAGCACAUCCCCAGCCCCACUUACAGAGCCGCAGGGCCCAAGAGCGCCAUGACCCAGGACGCCCGAGCCCUCUCUGUCUCCCAGCCCUCUUUGCCCCAAGAGGGGGUACAGCCAGCUGCUCUGAGCCCGGCCCCUUCCACGCGAGUCUCCUCCACCUCCAUUGGACCUGCUCAGAACCUCCCUCCCGCAGCCUUGAGACCCACGCUUCCUCCCAGGAUGACGCUUCAGCACCAGAUGUCAGUUGGAGCAUUCCCGCCAGCCUCCCUCCCACAGAUGAGGCCCAUCCCGGACUCGGGACUACCCAAGAAGGAUUCCGUAAUUAGCCUUCCGGACACGGACCAUCACAUCAGAUCUAGAUUAUCUUCUAAUUUGUGAUCUUGAUGAAGCUGGGCAGGUUGCGGAGAUGCCGGCCGGGUUUUAGAGUGAUUCCGUUGUUCCACAGCAUUUGGCCCCUUUUUGACAAAACGUGGAUCUCACGCCGAGAACGUUUGUAAUGCCUGGUGACAUGAGGGCGUGACUAGCACCACCGGACAGCAUCCUAAUAAUCAUACAAAGUCUGUAAAAUUGACGAUUUAAACAUCACUGAGAUGUUUCUGUUGUACCCACAACCAUAAACAUCAAUGUAGCUUCUUUCCACACAGUUUAUCCUCUUUAUAAUUGCUUUCUUUAUUGUGGUUGUACUCUCAAACACUGGGGCUGAAACUCUCCCCAUCGUAUACUGUAGUUCGAACAAUGCACCGUAGGGUUGGGUGGGGUGGUGAGUCUUCACAAAAAAGAAAAUGAACAUCUUUACUCUUUAUAACCUGACCAUGUUAUAACAUCAGCAAUAUUAAAACUGCUACAGAAAGUGAGGGCAGAGCUGGUAGUGUAAUUGACAAUAUGCACAUUUUCACUGAUAAGAAGAGCUUUGUUUUUUUUUAUACCCUCCUUACCAAAGUUGGGCCCGAAACAGUGCUGUGCUGGAUCUAAACAAAUGAAACGACAAGCCAGCAGCAAAUACAGUUUUAUUGCCUUGACUUCUCCUAAGAAGCCAUAUACUUUGUGCAGGCCUGUGUGUGUCUGUGUGUGUGUUUUAAAUAUUCAAUUAACUAUUCACCCAUAUUUACAACCCAUAAUGAUGAAUUUAUACCCCAAGUUAUUAUAAAUUAUUAUAUAUGGAAAAAAUAAUAUUAAAACACCCUGGGGUUAGCUACAGUGGAAACAAAUUAUAUAAGGGAAGACUAUUGCUAAUAAUGGUUUGUGAAACUGAAGAAUACUGUAAAUACAUUUUUAUUUAUACAUAUUAGUGGCUGUAACACUUAAUCAACACUAGCAGUGUCUGCAGCUUCCAAGUGUUUCAGACUCCCCUAGUGGAUUUUCAGUGGUUCUCGCUGGCUAACUCUCAUUCACUCAUAUACUUUCCAUCCUAAUGUGAAGAGAACGUAGCAGCGUCCAGAUUGAGUCCCUACAUUAACCCCAAACCUCCUGUGCUCCAAAACGUUGGGAAAUGGCUCUGUGCCCAGUGAGUACAUCGUAUCUCAACAGGGCGCGCGGGGAUACACAUCGUGAACCACGUACGAGGGAAUCGGCUCCCGGCAAAUACAUAUUUUCUACGAAACGCACCAGGAUGCGCAAGUGCACACGCACGCAUCUGCUGUCCAUCAGGCGGGUUCAGCGAUUAACCAAUCCGCCGUAGCUACGUAAUGAGGAGACUUGGUCGCUUACUCCACGAAAAAGCCCUCAUUGAUUCUCCACGAUCUUCUUAAUCCCUGCCCUGUUUUACGAUGGCUGACUGUAAUCUCUUCUGUAGCCCCGUUCCCCCCUACUGCUUUUGCAAUGUGUUGUUCAACCAGGCAAACUAUCAGUAAUUACACUGCUGGCGAAAGCCUAUGACAUGUAAUACUUUCAAAGCAUUGUGGGGGUGUCCUGACGGAGGGCUGCAGACGAACAAUUUUUCCUCGCUUGCGACCUCUGAGAAUGGCCAAUAUCUGAGACGUGGCUAAAAUCAGCUUUAGGUUAUUUGUACUAUUUUUACAGGAUGAUUUUAAUUAGGCUAAGAGGUCCUAUUACUCAAACCUUUUAAAAUAAUUCCAAUGUGCCCCCCUUGUGUGCAAAGGUUAAAGGUUAAGACUCAAAUAGUUUUGCCGGUAUCUUCUACUUCAGUCUGUGGUGACAGGCACCCAAAAUCUCACAGAGGCCAAAUGAUCUUAAUCUGCAGGAGAACAAGAACAUCUGCUUUAGGAGACUUACGUCCUCAGCUCUUAUCUAGUGUUACACUUUGCCAAAUUCAAAGUAAUAUAUGAAGCAAUAAAAAAUGAUCAUUGAGCAUUUUACCCAAGGGAGGCAAAGGUGAUUGUCUGAGUUGUUAUUGUAAAGAAUGUGUGCCACACGUUUUGCUAUGCAUUCAGGCUGGGGAUAUCUUCUGUUCUGUACUUUGAGUUCAUCUUUGAAUAAAGAAAGAACAAGCUUG